AUGUUUUAUGAUAAAGUGGGGGUCCCUAGAGAAGUACUAGAGUGGGACCAGGAGGCCAGAGAGCGGUAUGUGGAGUACGCUAAGAGAGGAACACAGACAGUCCACCAUGCCCGGGGGAUGAUUGUAGGAUGUGCUGGGGCGGGCAAAACCACGCUACUUAAACGUCUGCAAGGUUGUAGUAAAGAAGAGAUUGAUAAUGUAAAAUCUACUGAGGGAUUGGAGGUGCAUGAGGAAAUAUUUGAUUUAUGUUAUAAAACACAAUCAUUAAAAGCUAGAAAUAUAGACACAGGCGAUAAAAGGGAAGAUAGUUCUGCUACAAAUAUAGACUCAAAGACCUUGACAUUCUUUGACUUUGGCGGACAGUGUGCGUACUACGCCUGUCACCAGAUUUACCUGACCAGGAGAGCUUUCUAUGUUGUGGUGGUGGACGCCUCUAAACGUCUUGACCAGAAGGUGGAUGAGAAAGUGUGUGACCAAGAUGGAAGCGUAUUCUCUGGAUGGACCUAUGGAGAUUAUUUCGUGUUCUGGAAAAAGUCUAUCCACACCUACUGUGGUUCAGAGAAGGACACAGAUCCUAAGCCAACCGUUCUGAUUGUAGUGACUCACUGGGAAGAAGGAAACAGACAGUAUCAGAGUAAAGAAGCUCUUCUGAACAGCCUGAAGCAUAUUUUCCCUAAAUCGACUAAUUUAUCCAUGUACAUCACCGAAGAUAAUGUUUAUUUUAUAUCCUUUCCUCUCAAACCACUACAGGAUCUGGAAAAAAUUGUUUUCGAUAUAGCUUUACAUCAACGAUGGAAAGAAAACAUUCCAAAAGAAUGGGCCUUCUUUGAAAUAGAGAUUAAUCAGAGGAAACAUAAUGAAAAGAUUUUAGAAGUUAACGAUUUAACAACAAAGCUUUCAGACAAAGGUGUUGAAGUAACAUUGGAACAGUAUGAAGAUAUGUUAAGAUAUUACCAUGAUGCGGGGAAAGUGCUUUAUUUUAAUGAAGAACAACUCAAGAAAUAUGUUAUCAUUGAUGUUCAGUGGUUUAUUGAUGCUUUCAAAUACAUAAUUACAGACAAGCUUCAUUUUAAAGGCAUUGAUGUAGCCCAGGAAGACUGGGAUGAGUACUAUACUACAGGCAAUCUGAAAGACGGACUUCUUGCCAAGAUCUGGGAACAUAAAGGUGACGUUUCAUACACAAAUCAAGAAGAAUUGGAAGAUUUGCUAGACCCUGACCUUGUCGACACUAAUGGGAAUCUACUCCUGAAAUUCAUGCAAAGACUUGGAUUGGUAGCUCUUGGUCAAGAAUCCCACUAUGUACCAUGCAUGAACCGGAAGGAAAUGGAGGAAGAACUUUCAAAUCUCAUUAAAGAUUCAGAUUCUAAGUCAUCAGUCCUGAUCUAUCGAUUUACAUUUUUGCCAUUUUUCUUCUUUUUUCGUCUUAUUGUAGCUUGUAUGCAAGAAGAUGACUGGGAAGUACUUAAAACGCAUGGUACAUCUUGCCUCUACAGAGAUACCGCUGUCUUUUCGUUUGCAGAAUACCAUAUUGUUAUAUCAGUCACGAAAGAAUCUAUUCAACUGCAGGUGCUUCAUUCUAUGCCAGGUCAUGCUUUGAAAACAGAUAAAACACAGAAAAUCCAAGAAAAAAUAGAAAAUAUAUUGCAUAUGUUUGCUGGACAGUUUAUGAAAAAACUGUUCUUUGAUAGAGGAAUAAGAUGUCAGAUGGAUAGUUCAAAAGCGACUGCCAUGGAUAUCACAGAGCAUUUUCUCACAGGAAAAAACAUUCAAAAGGAUGAUCGGGAAAAAAUGUGUCCUUUGCAUCAAGUUAUUAAUCGACAUUUUAUCAAUCCCAAAGAAUUAACCAAGUAUUGGAAAAUGUAGAAAUAGUUACAGCAUAAAGUAUUUAAAACUCUUGACUGAACCUAUUCUCUGUGUAUUAGCAUUGAAGACGACAUGUAAAGUUAUUCACUAUUUCUAUUUAGAUUUUUAUUACCAAAGUAUCUAAGUGGUGACCGGCAACAUGACUCAAAAGACAGAUUACGUCACAAUCUCUGCUGAUGUAAAUGUUUACCUCUAUUAAAAUCAACAGUUCUUGUGUAAUGUUAUUCUAAAAUUGUUUUGUUUAAACAAUAAUUAUAAAGAAAUAUUUAAGAGUUAUUAAAGAUUUUGCAAACAUUUAGAUAUUGUGUAAUUGCCAAAUCCACACUAACAUUAUUGACGCAUUGUUCGAAUUCUCAGUGCAGCAAGAUCAAGCACACAUUAACCACACCCGUCAUGAUCAGUUUUAUUUCAUGAUGAAACGUUUAUCGUCAAUGCAUCGUGGUAAAUUUCAGAAGUAGAUUUCUUUAAAUAUUUUUUUUCUGUGUUAAGUAGCCAAAUUCUUUGUAUCCAUGUAAUGAUGUGAAGCCUUUUUAUAAUGCUGACGUCUUAUUCAAGGAUGCCCUGUGCGAUAUUGAGGUACUUUUCAGCCUGCGAUAUUUAUAAAGCUAUUUAUUAAGAUGAUUUAGCAAUAUUUAUUGAAAGAGUCUUUGUCCAAAAUAAAGUUUUGUCGCUGCCGUGAAAAUUG